AUGGAAGGGCGGAAGAGCAUUCCGAAUAGAAGGAUCAGCCAGUGCAAAGGCUUCUACGUGGGGACCUUGGACAUACCGGAGUGUCGCCCAUCUUCCUCCAGUUGUCUACAAGCUCGACAAGAUGAAGACCUUUGUGUGUUGUGUGCUGAUGAUAUCCAGAGUGCCUCGAAGACUGCCCAGUUUAUUUUGGGCAUUCACUGUUUUAAUGGCACUCCAUUGCUGGUGAGGAGAAGCAGUGACCCAGCGCCAGGCCCACCUGCUGAUGCCCAGCCAAGUGCUUCACACCCCAGUGGCCAGAGUCUGAAACCUGUUAUUCUAGAUUCCACACAGAACUUAGAAGAUGGAGAAGUUAUGAAUGGUGUACAGACAGAACCACUGACGUCGCCAAAAACCAAGGAUGCAUUGAGUGAUAUGACAAGAACAGUGGAGAUUUCUGGGGAAGGAGGCCCCUUGGGAAUACAUGUAGUGCCCUUCUUUUCAUCUCUGAGUGGAAGGAUUCUAGGACUCUUCAUCCGCGGCAUUGAAGAAAAUAGCAGGUCCAAGCGGGAGGGACUAUUUCAUGAAAAUGAAUGUAUUGUAAAAAUCAACAGCGUGGACCUUGUAGACAAAACCUUUGCUCAGUAA